AAGGUCACCAAAUUCUCUCCCAGUCCGUCAGAAAUGUUCAAGAUGCUGACAACAUCGCACCUGCUCCUUCUCUUCUGUCUCGUCGGGGCAGGGAGUGCCCUGUACAAACAGUGGAUUCCAGAUACCAACUAUGAGAAUAAGACCAACUGGGACAAAGAUGCUGUCCCAUGUGGCAGUGACACAGUUCAGUUUCCAGCUCAGAGAAAAGUGUCUGUGUUUGUGGAGACGACACAUGCUGUGCGGGAGAUGAGGCUCCCAUUGGAUGGGGAGUUCAUCCUGAAUUCUGGAGCUGGAUUUUUUGUUGUUAGCGGAGAAGAGCCAGGCUGUGGGGCGGGUGUCACGAUGAAGUUCAAAGAUUCAGAGGGUCUACAGUGGUUCAACCCAGCUCUGUGGCAGGCGGCGGCAACUCUGGACGACCUGCAGCAAGGAAACGUCUUGUUCUCAGUCCACGAGGAGAGCGUCCCAUGCGAGUAUGAUGAUGUGGUUUUCAAAGACUACUCCUCUUUCAGGGUAGACACCAGCUCUAGUCAGUCAAGCAUUCCUGUCAAAUCUGUUUUCGUGCUUGGGAUGAUCUUUGAAAUGGGUUCAGAGUUCUCCCAAUAUCUGGGCACGCGCUCCGGGAGGCUGCAGUUUCACGGAUCUUCUGCUGUUACUGUUGGAAAACCAGCUUGUGGGGAUCCUUCCGGCUGUGACUGUGGAAAUUCUGUAAACCAUAAGCGGAUCUGUGGCACUGUCACAUGUGACUCUUUGAGUUGUAAGACGCCUCUUUCCCCUGUCGGACACUGCUGUAAAGUUUGUGGUGCUAUUGUCACAAUCAAGUUCUCCGCUGAUUUCGACCUGCAGACCUACAGGCAACGGAUCCAUCACCUUUUUCUUAUGCUGCCAAAAUACAAAUCCAUCCAGCUGGGCAUGUCUAAAGUCGCCAAACCACAGCGACUGAUGGGGAUUGUCCCUUUUGGUACCACCCCUGAGAUCCAGGUAGUUAUCCUGGAUGGAGAGAAAGGAACACAGGCAGAAAAUUUGGCCUGGGACAUAGUGAAAGAUGCUCGUUCUCAUGGCUCUAACUUGGGAAUCACUGAGGCUGAAUUUCAAGCCUCCUCUGGGGGCAGCAGUGAUCAGUCUGGAAGCAAUGCUGGGGUUAUUGUUGGAGCUGUGAUUGGAGUUUUAAUUUUGAUCACCCUGGUUGGUACAUUGGUAGUCCUUGUUCGUAAAGGUUUUGUUCAAAUGCCAUCAAUGCCUUCGAUGCCUUCGAUGCCUUCAAUGCCUUCGAUGCCUUCACUGCCUUCACUGCCAUCUCUGAGCAGAUUUAAAAGACACAGUGACAUUGGGGACCUUGGCGGGACUCUUGACCAUGGCUAUGACAAUCCCAUGUUUGACAGGCCUAACAUGAUGCCUGAUAUCCCUGCUCUGUAUGGUAAUGAAACCAAUUCUUCAAUCUCGAUGACCCAGACAGGUGUGCACUUUGUGAAUCCAGUUUAUGAUGAUAAUGAAACUGAUUUUAAUGCCUGAAAUGAAUGUGAUUUUAAUGUUUUUUUGUUUUUUUUAAAUGAUUCCUAAAAUUUCAACUCAAAGAUUCUAUGGACCCUGUAAAACAACAAGCCCUCCUCCUGUAGUUAUAUAAUAGUUCAGCAAUGCAAAUAAACCUUUACAACCCAAUGGACUUUAGACAAAUAAAAGUAUUACCAGCUGA